UCCGCACCUACCACCUCCACACCUACCCGACGCCUGGCCCCCCAGUUGCCCGUCACAAGCCGAGCAGUCCCGCCUCCAUGCCUCUAUUAGAGGCUCUGGUCCUCGGCAGGGCGACCUGCCCCGUGACAUGUCCUGAACUUGCCUUUCUCCCUCAUCUCCCUCGUGGUUGACACAUCGAAUUUCUCGUUCUCUUGCGCUUGCGCUUCGCUGAACAAUCGGGAUUUUCGGGCGUGAUGUCAGGACAAUUCAGAAGGGCGCUGCGGGUGGCGCCGCAGCUUAGGACCGGCUCGGCUCGGCUGUUCUCGUCACAAGCCUGCCUCCGUCAAGAGAUCCGGGAUGCCUACAUUCUGAGCGCAUCUCGGACACCAACAGCAAAGUUCAAUGGGUCGUUUGUGAGCGUUCCGGGUCCGCAGCUCGGCGCCGUUGCGAUCAAGUCGGCCCUCGAAAAGUCGAAGGUUCCCGUCUCUAAGAUCACCGAUGUGUACAUGGGCAACGUUCUGCAGGGCUCCGUCGGGCAGGCCCCGGCGCGUCAGGCCUCCAUCUUCGCCGGCCUCCCGCCGACGGUGGAAGCCGUCACCAUCAACAAAGUGUGCGCGUCUGGGUUGAAGGCGGUUGCGUUCGCGGCGCAGAACAUCCAAUUAGGGCUCUCCGAGGCCCAGAUCGCCGGCGGGUUCGAGAGCAUGUCGAGGGUGCCGUACUACGUGCCGCGUGCUAGCGGGCUGCCUGCCUUCGGCCACGUGAAGAUGGAGGACGGGCUCAUCAAAGACGGGCUCACCGACGUCUAUGACCAGAUCCACAUGGGCAACUGCGCGGAGAAUACGGCCAAAAAGUACGGCAUCACAAGGGAAGCGCAGGACCAAUACGCCAUCCGGUCGUACGAGCGGGCGCAGGCCGCCUGGGAGGCGAAUGCCUUUGCCGACGAGAUCACUCCGGUGACGGUGCAGGGGAAGAAGGGCGACACGGUCAUCACGACGGACGAGGGGUUCCGCGACAUCAAGCUAGAAAAGGUGCCCACCCUCAAGCCAGCGUUCGUCCGCGACGGUACCGGGACCGUGACGGCGGCGAACUCAUCGACGCUCAACGACGGCGCCAGCGCGUUGGUGCUCGGCAGCAAGGCAAUUGCGCAAGAGUACGGCGCCGGCUCGCGGGUUCUGGCGCGCAUCUGCAGCUCGGCCGACGCCGCUGUGGAUCCCAUCGACUUCCCGGUUGCCCCCGCCAAGGCGGUUCCCAUCGCCCUGGAGCGUGCCGGCAUCACCAAGGACCAGGUCGCCGUGUGGGAGUUCAACGAGGCGUUCGCCGCCGUGAUCAAGGCCAAUGAGCAGAUCCUCGGCCUGGAGAACGCAAGGGUGAACCCGCUGGGUGGCGCCAUCGCGCUGGGCCACGCCCUCGGGAGCUCGGGCUCGCGGAUCCUUGUGACGCUGCUCCAUCAGCUGAAGCCCGGCGAGUACGGCGUUGCCGCCAUCUGCAACGGCGGCGGCGCAGCCACGGCGAUGGUGGUGCAGCGGAUCGAGUCGGUUUAAAUUGCAGCGGCGCCUUGGGGGUUUUGGCUGCAAAGCUCUGCUGUUGGUCGACUGCGACAGUUCAAAUUGCGGAGAGCGGCAGGCGGGCAUUCCUGUAAAUGGGUUAGGGUUACCCACUCAGGAUUCCGGUUCCGCACUGUGUAACAAUAGUAUCCGUAACGAAACACGGGACACCUUCCCAGCGCCCAGCGGUCAACACUGCUGCUUUCGCAACAGAGAUCGUGUGGUAACAUACUCGCCUCACAAUGAUAUGUGCAGUGCACCGGA